UAUAGUGUCUGUGGAGAAGUUGUUUGUGAAUGUUGAGUUUGUAUGUUGGUUCAAAAGAAUGGUUGCUAAUUUAUUUUCGUCGUUUGGCGUGAAAGGUAUUUAAUAUAUUCCAGAAAUGACGUAGCUGUGCUGGAUAGUGUGAGACCACUGAGUUUGAAGAAACGUUAUUGUGAAAAUUAUGGCCGAUAUCAGUCAGCUUUCAAAUGAAGAAAUUAGAGCUGAGUUGCUAAGAUUCGGAUAUCAUGUGGGGCCAGUGACACAGUACUCCCGAAAUGUUUAUAUUAAGAGGCUUCAACAACUUUUAUCUGAAGAUGAGGAUAGUCAUACGAAAUCGGAUAUUAGGACAAGACUAGCAACAUUAAGGCUUUCAACAUUAAGCUCGGAAGAAGAUACCGACGAAGCAGGAACAGCAUCUUCGAACAGAGGUGGUAGAAAGAAGAGAAGAAGUUCGCACUUUCCGUCGAGCAACGUACCAUAUAGAAAUUCACGCGCAGCACCAAACAUAAAAGAUCCUUGCAUUGUUAAUGCGUUCAGAGUACCAGUUAUUCGACCAGCACGUAGAAGUCUAUUGGAGAGAGCAACUGGGGAAGUGAGAGAACGUGCAGAAUUCAGAGGCCGUUAUGCAGAUUAUUCAUCAGGACUGGAAAGUUCGGAAUCUGACGAAGCUGAUGCACGAUCUGGGUUUCAAUCUCGUAAAAAAAAUGUAUCAUCGGACGUCACAAGUAGGCCUACUUACCAUUCCAAAACAGCUGAGAGUCGUAGGAAGUUGUUACCUACAGGAACAUCAACUUCAAGCUGGCUGUCCACUAUUCGCUCUGUCAUUAACCCACUGGGUUCUCUGAUGUCAGGCUUUUCAAGGCGUUCUCGUGUGUCAGACAGCCGUAUAGAAAACAAUGGGUAUAUUCCACAACCCAGCAGGUUUGGCAGUUUGGAACGACAAGGUAACAGAACUAUAGAAAGUUUCCCGACAACAGAAGAGAGGAAUUGGUUUUCACGAAAUUGUCAAGUUGUGCCGAAGACACUUGUUUUGAUUGUGAUGCUUUUUUUCCUUGGCCUGGCAGUAUCAUAUGCAGCUCUAGGAAGAGUUAAGUCAUACCGGAGUCACACAGGAAACAAUUACCCCAUCUGUUCAAACCAAGCAGGUCCCUCGAGAAACUGUGUGCCGAGGGAUAAGCUGCACGCAGCUACCAGUUUAUUUAAGAUUGUUGCUCCACUCAUUCAAGAGAAAUCUGAAGAAUAUGCGUGCCUGUCGCUAUAUGGACAAGCAGAACGGACACUUUUGACAAGUUCUGCUCUCUUGGCUUACGUGAAAGAGAAGGGAUAUUUUUAUGACCAAGAUGACAUUAAGAAUAUGGAUGUUCUCAUAUUAUUCAAUCGUCACUGGGGAUAUACACUAAACAGGACAGGUGGAGGAGAAGUUAUGUAUGUUUAUACAAUGAAAGCACCUGUUAAGUGCUAUUUAAUGUAUCACCUCAGUUGGUUCGUGAAUCGAUUGGUCGAAGCUGCACUUUGUGUGAUGGUGAUUUAUAUUGUCUUUAAGCUGCUGUCAGUUUACAAAGCACAUGCUGAAGCUCACAAAAGAAAUGUUCGUGCAAUGGUGGGUCGAAUUACCAAGUUUCUUAGAACAGAAUCUGACAACAAUGCUGAAGAACCAUUUUUUGUUGUUAUUGAUUAUGUUCGUGACCAGCUGAUACCAGCGAAAGACUAUAAACGUAUGGCUUUGGUUUGGACGUCAGCUGUUAAUUUUAUUAGACACAAUGAUCCACGUAUUAAGGAAGAACAGUGUGUCGUUAAUGGAGAACUGAAGACCGUGUGGCGCUGGUUGCCAGAGUCUGGAAAUGCAUCAUCUGAGCACACACAAGAAUUUAAUAAAUCUUCACAAGGACGUCGCUCAGUUUUGUCCAAUGAAAAUUUUUCUGGUUCGAGUGGUGAAGAUAUCAAUCAGGAGAAACUGUCCAGAAGCAAUAGUUACCGAAGCAGUAAGAUCUGGCAAGGUCAAGCAUUUGAAACCAUGGCGGGAAGUCCAAACUCUGUGCCUUGCAGCCCAACACCUUGUCUGAAAAUUCGACACAUGUUUGAUCCAGAUGCCGAGCAUGGUGAAGACUGGCCAACAUUUAUUCGAGACGCCAUACUAGAAAAGUGUGAGGGAGUGGCCAUCCUUCAUCUCUUUGUUGACAAAUCUUCUCGUGAAGGAUGUGUGUAUGUGAAGUGUCAGACACCAGAAGAUGCAGGCAGAGCGUAUUGUGCACUGCAUGGCUGGUGGUUUGGUAAUUCACACCUUGUCACAGUCAAAUACCUUAGGAUUGAAAGAUACCAUGAACGCUUUCCUGAAGCAGUGAAUGCUAAAACUGUACUGAAGCCUUCCAACAAUCAAAGAUUGUCCUUGGGAGACUAGCAUCAUUACAAAUUCUUAUGGUUGUGUUGCUGGACGAGUGCCAUAGAGUGGUGGUACUGUGCGUUUGUUGAGCUGAGUGAUUUCCCAAUAACCACAUAUCCUUAUAAUUAAAGACAAGUGUUUAUUAUUAGUCUUCAUGUUGGUAUUUUAGAGAUUCCAACACAUGCCUGAUAAAUAUGGUUACAGUGAUAUAGUAAGGUUUACUGCAGCACUUGUGAUUUUUAAAUAACUUCUUUUGUGGGAGCUGCAGAAGUUCUGUUGCUGCAAAAUUUGUAGCAUGUACCUGAAUGACGUUUUCCUUGUACCUGUGUAUACUUGAGCCACAGCACUGGAAUAUAAUUUUUUGAGUGAUUAGGGUAUACUAAUUUUGUGUUCAAAGAUGUGUAUUUGGCUUUUGAUUGUAUGUAUGCCUCCUGUAUCUCUGUUUCCAUAAGUUGAAAUGUGAUAAUGCUAACACUGUUAAAGAAAUUUUGACACUAUAUGAAAGAGCGCUAUUUUUUAUAUGUGGUGUACUUUAACAAUUUUAUUACAUCUAAAAUAAGAGA